AUGGACACCACCGUCGCAAGUACCGCCUUGUUCGUGAACGAAAAUCUCGAGUUUCAAGUCUUACACUUGCCGCGACCUCCCGAACCAGCUGAAGGGGAGCUCCUGAUUGAGACGCACUUCUCUGGAGCCAACCCUGCUGAUAUCAAACAUGCUAUAUUUCUUGGGAUUUAUCCCGCGAUAAUUGGGUAUGAAUUCUCUGGAAAGGUGGUAAAGACAUCUAGCGCUUCAAAGUUUCGCCCUGGGGAUAUUGUUGCUGGAUACACGCCGUCGGGUAUCCAGAGGCCUCUCAAGUACGGCACUCACCAGCGAUACUUGGUUUGUCCUGAAGAUAUGGCUUUUCUGGUGUCUGCUAGCAUGCCUCAGCAUCACGCCGCGUGUCUCCCUGUCGUGGCCAUGACGGCGGCUGGUGCACUAUACAAUAUUUUCAAAUUCCGUGUUCCAUAUGCGGAGGGAAAUGACAAGACAUCCAGGCCACUACUAAUCUGGGGAGCCUCUAGCGGGGUCGGACUCUGUGCGGUACAGUUCGCCCAUGCUAGUGGGAUUUAUCCGAUCAUUGUGACUGCAUCCCCAGAGCGGCAUUCGCUGCUCCGGGAGCUCGGCGCCACUUGCUGCUUUGACUAUAAGUCUACAGAUAUCGUGUCGAACAUUCAAGCAGCCGUUCAGGAUUAUCAAUGUGGUGAGCUUGACUGUGGCUUCGAUGCGGCCGGAACUGCGGGGAAAACGUCUUCUGCAGGGAAAACGUCUUCUGCAGGGAAAACGUCUUCUGCGGAAAUGAUGGCCCAAUGCCUUCCCAGUGAUGCGACCCUUGUGUCCACUGUUGUACAAAAUGACCCUCGGUUUAAAACUCCUUGGGCUGCCUCUAACCGGGACCUAGUCUUGCGAAUCAAUGGAGUUCAUGAAGUUAGAAUUCCUGCACAACCAAAUUCCCAGUGGCGAGCGUGGGAGUGCCUGUUGUGGGCGGUUGAAAACUACGGCGUUAAAUUUCGGUUGCCUUCCGUUGAAGUAUUUGCUGGUACUGCAGAGGAAGCGUUGGAACAAAUAAAGUUGUUGGCUGAUCAGCAGCGAGGAUUUGGCAAAUUAGCAUUACAACAUCCACUGCAUUAG